CUUAUUUCAAACGUGCAGCGCUGCCACUUACUGUACAGGAAAGGCGGGAGAGGAAAUUGCACUGCCUGAAAACAAGGUGACGCCUAAAUGCCGUCUUCCACUGAGCCCUGUGCCACAGAGAAGGAGACCGGAUGAGCAGAAGGUCCCGGGAUAUUCAGCUCUGUGCUCCAAUCAGGAUUUCUUCCCUGGUGACAUGGAUCUAAAACAUUUCCUGCGUUGGAGAGUUGCUAUACUGCUUCUCUUGGUGCCAUGUGGGUACGAGUGUCUAUCGGUGCGUAUCCUGAACGAGGAGCCGGUUCAUGUGAUCCCUCACUCUACAUUGGCUCUCCAAGCCCACAUCGAGCAUGGCCCCCUGGAGGAGGUCUCCAUGAUAACCUGGGAACGGGGGCCCGAGACUGGAAACCCUUCAGGAAAAGAAACACUGGCCACCUGCUCUGGCAAGAGCCUCAAGUGUGUUGGUAAAACCCCAAAUGGGCACGUCAGCCUCGAACACCAGGGGUCGACACUGAGUCUGCCGGAAUACAGCAGCGCUGACAGUGGUGUGUAUGUGGUGACCGUCACGGACCAGAUGGGGGCCAAGACCUCUGCACAGUGCAUCGUCAGAGAAUACGAGGCCGUGCACCACGUCUCCGUGAGCGUCAACGUCUCCCACUCCACGCUGGUCUGUGGCGAGGCCUGGGGGACGGACCCUGGUUUCACCUGGCUCCACGAGAGGGCAGCGAUCACUGCCGCUGUGGGAAGGGUUUCCAAAGAUGGGAAGUCCUUGUAUGUCUCCACAAAACCCCUCUGUGGACACUUCACCUGUGUUGUCCAAAACAAACUGGGCCACACAUCUGCCACAUACACCGCAGAGCCAUGCGAGUCUGAGGGCAAAGGCACCUCGGCGGCAGUGGUGUGCCUCGUCAUCUUACUGCUCCUCGUCGGUGGAGCGCUGGUGUUUCUCCUGUGGAGGAAUCACAGACAAUACAGCAACAGAGGAGAGCGGCUGCACAACUACUUGGUUGACAACAUCUAACAAAGGCCAAACUUCCUCCGAGUGCAAAUUUCACCAGCCAAACCUCCAGUUCCUCAGAUGAUCUCGUGGCGAACCAGAAAGUGGACCGAGCCAUUUACGAGCAACUUCCUGUCCUCUAAGCAACAUGACCUUGCACAGCAUCGGAGCAAUGUGACAAGUGAAUGGCUUGCUGACAAAAUGGAAGAAAUCUAAAAGUGGACAGCCGAGUUCACGUGUGAGCAGCCACCCUUACGAAUCCUCAGGGCUACAAGUAGACAUGGUGUUUUCAAUACAAAGCUGUUUCUGUAAGACCACAGUUAGCUCCUAUGUGUAUCAUCUUGCAAGUUGUAACUGCUGCGCAAUGUAACUGAACUGCUUUUUCCUGCUAAUAAAUGAACCAGCUCACUGACUCAGCAGUUUCGUGGGCAGAGUCAGUUUGAAAAA